CUAUAUACAUAUAUACAUAUAUAGCCUUAGCAACUUUUACAUCAUCAUCUUCUUCUUCUUUAAUAACGUUCUUUUUGUAGUUUUGAAACCGCCGGCGCCGGAGAAUUUUCCGGUCAACUCACUGUUUCAGAAUGGGUGCAGCAGCUGAGCCUGUUGUGGAGAGAGAAAGAGAAGAAGAAGAAGAAGAAGUUAGAGAGAGAAAUGAGAAGAGAGAAGAGGAGAUGGAGAUGGAGACAGAGGUGGUGAAAGUUAAAGACUUGGAAAAAGGUGAGGUGGGUUUGGAAGGAGAAGAGAAAUUGGUUCAUGAUAAUAAUGUUAAUAAUGGAGAAGAUUUUCAGAUUUCAAUGAUGCAGAGGCUUAAUCCAACUAAUCCUUUAAGGGUUUUGGUUCAAAAUAGUACAAGAGUAGAUACUCCUUCUCCUUCUCAAUUUUCUCAGCAUUCAACUCAGCCUCGUUUUACACCAACCCCACAACCAUCUAUAACAACAUUAAAUUCAAGAGCAUACACCAACAAAAUCUCUCUCUUUUUGUUCCUUGUGCAUAUGGUUGCUGCAAUUGGAUUAGUUGGGUUUCUUAUAUAUAAGGGAGUUCAAGGGAUUUUACAAGCAUCAGAUAUCAAAAGAAAAGAGAUGAAAAUUCUCAAAUUUUACAUACCACAAGUUGAAGCAUCAUCAUUAUUAAGCAUAACACUUGCAUUUGCUUGGCAAAAAGCACUAAGAGAAUGGCCUAAAAUCAUGGUACCUUUCAUAUUAUGGAGCUCAUUUUUGCUGUCAUUAUCAGCUGGAAUUCUCUUAAUUUGCUUCCAAAAACCAUCCACUGAUGGAGUUGGAGUUUGCUUCAUUGCCUUUGCAAUUGGCAAUGGCUUAUAUGCUUGUUGGGUAACACAAAGAAUGGGAUUUUGUAGCCGAGUUUUGAUCAAAGCGCUUGAGCCUGUAUCGAAAUUUCCUGACAUUAACCAUCCUAUUUAUUUGAUGCUUGGAGUUGCAUUUAUUUGGAUGUCUUUGUGGAUUUUAGCAGUGAUUGGUGCUCUUAAUUUCUACUUACCACCAUUAAUUAUAAUUUUAUUAGUAUUGAGUUUAGCUUGGACUGCUGAAGUGAUGAGAAAUGUGGCUAAUAUAACAGUUAGUAGAGUAAUUGCUUUGUAUUAUCUUAGAGGAAUGCAAUCAAGUACUCAGUUUUGUUUCCAAAGAGCAUUGACCAAGAAUCUUGGAAGUGCUUGUCUUGGCUCUCUCUUUGUGCCUACAAUCGAGGCGUUGAGGAUUGUUGCUCGGGCACUGAAUUUGCUCGAGGGUGAAGAUGAAUUCAUGUUCUCUUGUGCUCAUUGCUGCUUAAAUGUUAUGCAAUCCAUCUUCAGAUAUGGCAAUGGUUGGGCCUUUGUACAGAUAGCUGCAUAUGGAAAAGGCUUUGUAAGAGCAUCCCAAGACACAUGGGGACUAUUCGAAAGGCAAGAAAUCGUGCCUGUUGUUGACGCCGACAUGACAAGCUCGAUUUGUUUCCUCACCGGGGUAUGCAGCGGCUCCAUUUGUGUCAUCGUAGCGGCUGCUUGGACAGCUAGAGUUCACCAAAGUUUCACAGCAACAAUCUCACUUCUUGUUUUCAUCAUUGGAUACCUUAUGACAAGAAUUGCCAUGGCAGUACCUCAUGCUUGUGUAGGCUGUUACUAUGUUUGUUAUGCUGAGAAUCCAGACAAUAGGCUAUUUGACAAAACAAUCAAGGAUAGGGUCCACAUGAUUCAAUCGGGUCGCGAUGUGGUUGUGCCUACACCUCGAUUACCCCGUCGGUAUACAACUUGAGAAAUACCAAGGUAUUUUAAAGUGUCCAACAUAACUCCGCUACUUUGUAUGAUGUUGAGCACCUUAAGGUUAAUCAGCGAGACAGAUCGACUCGUAGAGCAUUGUAAUCCUUUCAAGAUUCUAUUUUUCUUUUUGGGUUCUUAGUGAUUUGUAAAUACAUUAGGUUGUUUAGAUCAUUUGCCAUAGAUAUAACUUGUACCAUAUAUUUGGCUAAGUCUUAAUUGGGGUUUUUGGGCUUAACCAAAGUUUGAAGCUUUUGUUGGUGGUGAUAAUGACAAUUUUGAAUUGAAAAAAAAAAGAAGAGCAAAUAUGAGGUAAGGAAAAUGGAGAGCCUAGUUGUUAUACCACUCAACAAAGCUAUGAAGAAGAAGAAGAAAAAAAAAGUAUUUUAAUUAGCACUAAUGUGACCCCAUUAGUACAUUAUUAUAAUUGCAUAAACUUUUAGCAUAUUCCAUGCAGAAAAGUCACUGAAUUAUUUAAUUAUUUAUUAUUAGUUUCUCUAUCUCAAUAAAUUAGCUUAGCACACCCCAAACACCCCACCAAAUAUUUUUUAUGUACCUAUUCAUUAUUUAAUACUAUGUGAUCUUGUAUGAAUCUCCAUGAGUUUUGUUUCAGACUU